AUGCCGAAAGGAAAAGAUAAAGAACCGAGCCAUGAGACGCGUGAUAACACAAGCGAUGCCGAAAUCAGAUCGCGGAUGUCAAUUAUGGGACUUCUAAACGAGGUUGGAAGCACAGAAGAAACAAACCGCCAUUUCGGGCACCCAAAUGGGUUCCUAGGAUCGAUCAAGGAGUGCGAAGAUGACCAGGAGAUGGGAAGCCUGCUUCUCAAUCGUUACCUGCAGGUAUUCGAAAAUGCAAAAACUAGGAGCGUUGAUUGGUACGAUAUGAAUAAGGUAACAAAUCAUUCACGCUAUGGUGAUUAUAAUCCGCAAUCAAUGCUUUCUUACGCGAAAACGGGUAAAGGAGACUUUGGGAUCGUGGUCACGGGAUCUGGCAACAUAAUGUCCGAUUUAUCAUUCAAAUUAUCGACCACACAAAAUGAGAAAGGAAACCGGCAAGACGAAAUGAAAAGCUUCCUAGCUCGUGUGUCUGAAGUCAUACGCUUGGGUGUAUUUAAACCCACAACUCUUUCUUUCAUCCCUCGUGUCCAGUGUAUAAAAGACGUUUUCAGGGUGGACAUAUUCGACCGCAUAUCCCGAGUUAGGUACAAAGCCGGCUCUUUGAGUGGUGUAUUGAACCUUGAGAACGUACAAUAUCAUUUGGAAGUUCUAGAAAUUCUAGGAAAUUUUGUACACGAGCACCAACUAGAGUUUCAUUUCUUUCCAACCUUUUGCACCGGACGCGCUGAGGAAUUUUACCUUCAAACAUCUCGCAUAGGUGUGUUUAUCCAUGCAUUGUGGGAAAACAAAGAAACGAAAGGCCUUCUACCGGCUCGUACUACCUACAAAACUCAAGACUUGUCUGAUUCCUUCUCUUUUUACUUUGGUGAUACAUUUGCACCAAAACCCUAA